UACCGUAGAUCUCGCAUUAUUCACGUGAAAAUUUGUCGAAUUUUCGUCGCGAGUGUGGAAUCCGAUUGAAUGGUUGGAUCCGCGGGGAAAUCAUUGAAAAUUAACGAAUUUUUCAAAUUUGAGUGACAUGACAUUUAAUGGCUUCAGUUCGUGAUAAAUAUGUUGGCCUGUGUGUGUCAACCUUCUGAUCCCAACAUAUUUCGGAAGGCAACGAUAAUAUCAAACGAAAAGUCCUUGAAAAUAACGAACAGGGAAAACCAACCUAAACCAGGGAGAACUGUCAGAUUGAAAACCGAGGUGCAUGAAAUUGGGCACUGCGCCGUAACAAACCCUUCAUAUGUUGAGUGGCCCGUUCAAGCCGCGGGAACAGCAGAUAAAACUGUUCUGACAUGUUCCUCGAACAAUACCAAAAGUUCAGCAAUUGGAAAAAGUCCUGCACAUACAUGCCUGCGCAUUUCAUCCUCACCUUCCGACGUAACGUCGAACGAAUAUGACAAAAAGAAGAACGAUUCUUCGACCAGUUCGGAUUCUUGUAGAAGUUCACCCAUCGGAAUAUAUAACCCCCUGAGAAAAUUAUCCGGCCAAACGAAUUCGUUUCAUUUCAAAUCGGGCGGUGACGUAACGAAUGAAAAUAAGAAGGUAGAAGUUCUGAAGGCUGCAGAGUCAACCCUUUUCGAUGAAAUUGGAAUACCGAUCAGUGAUAUUCCGAACACUAAAGAGCGAAGAAAUAGGGACCAGAAUAAGAGCAGUUUGGAGAAGUUACCCGACGGAGUGCAGUUGACCUUGAGUGAACUGCGCGAGAUGGCAUGCCGGCAACAAUCUCAGAUCGAUUCUCAGCAUCAGCUCCUAGCUGCCAAGGAGCAAAGACUCAGGUACCUCAAAGAGCAGGAAGCGCGACAGCAGAGGGUCCAAGCGGAAAGCGAAAGACUCAGGAGGCUAAGGGACCGCGUGGACGCGCAGGAACUGAAGCUAAGAAAGCUGAGAGCGCUUCGGGGGCAAGUGGACCAUCAGAAGCAGAAUAAUUUAUCCCUCACAAGUGACCUUGAUUCCAUCCGUGCCCUUUUCAAUGAGAAAGAGAAAGAACUAUCUUUGGCGGUGGCCAAGGUGGAAGAGUUGACGCGACAACUGGAAGAACUCAAGAGGGGAAGAUCUAGCAGGGACCAGCCACCAGCUUCGGCUUUAGAGCUUGAUAAAUUAAGAAGAGAACUGAUGUACAGAAAUAAGCUUAAUGAACAACAAAACCUGAGACUCAAUCAACAAAGAGAAGCCCUCACAGCGAGACAAGAGGAAAUGAGCGCCAUCGACAAACGGAUAUCUGAACUUCAAGAAAGGCUGCACCGAAAGAGACUUCUCAACCAACAACUGGCCAACCAAAUCAGUGCUGCGAGUCACAAAGCUGCUUAUCAUCAAUUAGUUAGAUUAACUGGAAAUGCAGACCAAAACAACCAAGCCUUCUCGAGAAAGCAGCAACAGAAUCUGCAGCAACCUUCCAAUGGAUUAUCCAGGGGGAAUAUUGCAGCAGUUGAACCUUAUAAUCACGUUCCUCUGCAGACAGGGCAACCACUUAGGGAAAAUAACAUGCAAGAGAACAUGUCAUAUAAUCCCGGAUAUCAUCCGCAAACUCUGAAGAAAGACAACGAUCUACUUAACAGCGCUUACGAGAAUCAAGAUAUGGCUAGUAAAACUGGAAAUAACAUGAUUCCAAACAGACCCGACGACAUCGAAAACUUGAAGGAAUUCACGGUAUCAAAGUCGGAUCCUAAAUAUCAAACAUUGCCAUACAACACGAAGUUUACGGUCAAUCUCCUCUCGGGUAGAUCAGCCAAUACGAAUGUGAACAACAACAAUAACAAACUGGAUAUCAACGAAAUGAAACAUAUCGAAAAAGAGUCUGAACCAUCCACCAUAUCACCCAACGUAGGAAUCCACAACGGCAAUGCCAAUUACAACCAACCCCCUGUCACAACCCACAUGACUGUGCACAGCGCGCCACUAAAUAUUCUCAAUAAGAAUAUAGCUACUCCACUCAAUCAUAACGAUUUGGUGUUGAGUCGGAGGAAUUCCAGCGAGCAAGGAUCUGGUAAGGAGCAGGUUACUAUUCAUGGACAUCAAAAGAUACCAGAUCAAACGUUGUAUAAUAAUAUGGUCAGUCCUCCGCCUAACAUAACUUACCAGAAACCAAUUAGUAGCGUUGCACCUACAUCCAUUCAUCAUUCUGGAAUACUGUCCAACGUUUACCAAACGUCCUCUAUCAAAGUACAACCUGUAGAACCCCAGACCACGCUGUCUUCGAACAAGCAAUUACCUAGUCCUUUGAACGGGAGGUCCUCUAAUAACACGUCGGGAGUAAGCCUUGUCCUGUCACCUCCACAAUCUUCGAGCACACCUUACAACAACACACCUGAAGUUUCAAUUGAGAAAAUACCGAAGCCUGCACUUCCCCCAAAACCUGCAAUCAAGCCUCCCCCAAGGCAAACCCAGCAUAUUUCGCAUUUGAUUGAUGAGAAUAACACUCAACCUCCUCCUAUACCUUCUUCAGAUCCUCCUGAAGAUAAGAAACCUAGUCCUGUUCCACAACGGACGGUUUUACCACCACCUGUUCAGCCUCCAAGAACUGGGUUAUCCGGUAAAGAAGUCACGAUAGAGAAGCUACCUAUCAACUCGACUCCUUCGAUUACGAAUCAGUCCUAUCAUCAGUCUAGUUCAGAAAUGAUUAUAAAAGCGAAACCUUUAACUAUCAAGAAGCAGCCUUUCACUGAGCAACCGAAAUUGAGAAACGUUGGUGGUUACAAACCAAAUGGUUCUGUUCCUAGAAGAAUCGAAAUACCCUCUGGUUUCCAGUAUCAGAUGACAGAAAAACCUCUGGAUUCUCCUUCUUCAACUGAUAGUAAGGAGAAGGAAACUAGUGAGAAGGACGAAGUCGACAGAGCAGUAGCAAGUGAUGAAAACUUCGAAUCGAAAUCCUUAGGAAAAGAUGAGAAACCAAUUGAUGGAGUGAUAAGGAGGUGUAAAAAAGGAAAUUUAAAGCAAAGUGGGAAGCAAAAUUUAUCUCGUAGGGUUAGUUUCGACCCUCUGGCACUGCUGCUAGAUGCUAGCCUCGAAGGAGAGUUAGAAUUGGUGAAGAAAACAGCCACUCAGGUGGCAAACCCUAGUGCCGCCAAUGAUGAAGGCAUUACCGCCCUGCACAACGCUAUUUGUGCGGGACACCUUGAGAUCGUCAAGUUCCUAGUAGAAUUCGGUUGUGAUGUUAACGCGCAAGAUAGCGACGGUUGGACUCCAUUGCACUGUGGCGCAAGCUGCAACAACGUGGCCAUGGUGAAAUUUCUGGUUGAACAUGGGGCGUGUAUAUUCGCUACAACAUUGAGUGACCAUGAGACGGCCGCUGAGAAGUGUGAAGAAGACGAAGAAGGCUUUGAUGGCUGUUCUGAAUACCUCUACAGUGUACAGGAAAAAUUAGGUAUAUUAUCUAAUGGCGCAGUUUAUGCAGUAUUCGACUAUACAGCUCAACAGCCCGAUGAGUUGAGCUUCAAAUCGGGUCAGCAAUUGACAGUUUUGAGGAAGGGGGACGAAAAUGAAAGGGAAUGGUGGUGGUGCCGUUUAGGAGAUAAGGAAGGCUACGUUCCUAGGAACCUUCUUGGGCUCUACCCAAGAGUCGUCCGUAGUGAGGAUUGAUUACAGCACCUGAUAUACUUAUUGAAAACAUUUGGCCUUUCGCUGUAGAAUUCACGAAGUCUUGAAAGUCACCUUUGCUCAAUAUAAACUUAUAUUGUAAAGUUUGAAGGUUCACUGAAUUAUUUGUUGAAGCAAUUUUUUAUGUUCGAUUUUUUGUUUGUUAUAACUAUUGAAUAUAUAAAUAUUAUAAAUAUAUACAUAUUUUCAAAAUUGUAAAUAUAUAAAUAAAA